CACCUAAGCAUACAUUUCAUUGUUUGUAGACGAGACAAACCUACCAUCGUUUACUAUGAAGAUAAAUUAAACAUUUUAUUACAAUAUAUUUCAACUUGUGUUAACAAUUACUUAGACACCUAAUACAAUGUUAGUUAUGAAGUUGUCUUGACUUCAUCGUCUAAUCAUAAAGUUGUUUGCAAUUUAUAACGGACUGUGCUAGUACCACGUGAUAGGAUUUAAAAAAAGCGAAAAAAACGCCGAGCGGUGUUUGAUAUAGUUAGUUAAAAUGUUGAAUCUAUUCGAAAAACGUACAAUAAUGUGUGGCCUGCGAAGAUAUUCUGAAAAAGCGAAAAAUUUGUACAAGUUCUUCUGUGAGGAAGAAAACGAGCACCAGAAAUACAGAACUCUCGAUGAGAAGGACUAUGUGAAAUUUUUGAGUAAAAGAGCGCUAACGUUUAAACCUUCGGAUACGAGACAAUUGAUAAUUAAAUCCGAGAAAAGCAAAAGAAAAAUAUGUCGAAAUUUAGGAGAAGGUAUGCCCAAUGAAAAAACGUUUCCGUUUACUAACCUCGAACUCACCACAAGAAGUGGUGACAAAAUAUCAAUAGAAGGACACCAGUUGGACGAGGCACUGCAGUAUAUACCGCCGAGAGGAUUGCCGUGUCUACAUCACGAGCUAAAUAAAUUUCAACAAGAGCUGCAUCGUCCGCCUCCUCUCCCGCGUAGUCUAUUACUCACCAACGGAGCCCAGCACGGCAUUCAUCUUUGUACUGAACUGCUUGUGGAUCACGGUGAUCCCGUUGUGUCCACUGAAUACUCGUACAUUGGCUUGCAUUGUAUUUUAAAACCUUAUAAUGUGGAAUAUAUCGGAAUCAAAGAAGAUAAAGACGGUUUGAUUCCAGAAGAAUUAGAGUCAGUGUUAAAUACAAGAAUGAAACAAGGACUCAAAAUGCCAAGAGUAUUGUUUGUUGUUCCGACAGUCAGCAACCCUGCUGGUUUCCUGUUAUCUGAGAAUAGGAAAAGAAAAAUUUACGAGAUAGCUUGCAAAUACAAUUUAAUAAUUGUAGAGGAUGAAGUUUAUAUGUUCUUGAAUUACACUGAUACGGUAGUACCAUCUUUCCUGUCGCUGGAUACAACAGGUCGUGUGAUGCGCAUAGAUUCCAUCUCGAAGGUUGUUAGCGCUGGGUUGAGAGUGGGCUGGUUGACGGGACCUGAACCUCUCAUCAGAUAUACUGAAAUGGCUUCAUUUUCGCAAAUGCUACAUCCUUGCUCUUUAUCUCAGUCAAUAGCGUACAGUCUUAUGACUGACCGAAAUCGCUUAACAACUCACCUACUAAGCACUAUAAAGUUUUACAAAAAACAAAAAGAUUGUGUAAAUAAUGCUUUGAAGAAGAUUGAAGGUCUGAUAGAAUGGGAGGAUCCGGCCGGGGGCUACUUCCACUGGGUAAAGAUACGUGGACUUGAGGACGUGCGUAACAUGGUUUUCAACACCGCCCUCAAACAUGGCUUGAUGUUAGAACCAGGUCACAAUUUCAGUUACGACACUGAGAAGCCAUCUCCGUACAUACGACUUACAUUCACAAGAAUGAACUUGGAACAACUAGACGAUAACGUCAACACGAUUCGUGAUAUUAUCAUAGAAGAAAAAAAAAUACAACAGAAAAAAUGUUAGGAAAUAGUAUUUAAUUUCUUCUUAAUGUAUUAUUUAUUUAUCGCCAUCACACACAAUAAAUCAAACAAAGUACAAAAACAGGUGACCAAACAAAAGACAAAGCCAUCCUAUCGGCAAGUUGCAGUCUCUAUCAGGAUAUGUAUAUGGUAGAUAUAACACAUUGACGAACAAGUAUAUAAUAAAAAACCCCGCUUAUCCCCAAUAAUAUGUAAAUGCCAAAAUUGUUUAUAAUUUGAGGAAUAUUUUCA